ACGGGGCGGCGGCAGGGCCGCGCGGUGGGGGCGCGGCGGAGCCAAUCGCCGGGCGGCGGCGGAGGUGCGCGUCGGCCUUGGGGGCUGCACCCCUUUCUCUGCUGUGUGCGCGGGGGCCGGCGGCGGCUGCAGGUUUUUGGAGGUGAUAGGCUGUUGGAUUUUGAUCCCGCCCAGAAUACUUGAGGUUUUUCUCCACAAGGAUAUAUAACAGCGGUUUUAUCUGCCAGCCUAAGAAAAAAAGGUGAUGGAGACUGAACAACAGGAGGAGACCUUUACCAACACAGAGACAAAUGACCUUUCUACAGGCAAACGUCCUGCAGAAGACAUGGAGGAAGAACAGGCCUUCAAGAGAUCUCGGAAUACAGAUGAGAUGGUUGAAUUACGUAUCCUGCUUCAAAGCAAAAACGCUGGAGCAGUGAUUGGAAAAGGUGGCAAAAAUAUUAAGGCACUUCGUACAGACUACAAUGCCAGUGUUUCAGUCCCAGACAGCAGUGGCCCCGAGCGCAUCUUGAGUAUAAGUGCAGAUAUAGAGACAAUUGGAGAAAUCUUGAAGAAGAUUAUCCCUACUUUAGAAGAGUAUCAACACUACAAAGGCAGCGACUUUGACUGCGAGUUAAGACUUCUUAUUCACCAGAGUUUGGCAGGAGGAAUUAUUGGUGUCAAGGGUGCUAAAAUCAAAGAACUCAGAGAGAACACUCAAACCACCAUUAAGCUCUUCCAAGAGUGUUGUCCUCAUUCAACUGACAGAGUGGUGCUUAUUGGUGGAAAACCUGAUAGAGUUGUUGAAUGUAUCAAGAUUAUUUUGGAUCUUAUCUCUGAGUCUCCAAUAAAAGGACGGGCUCAGCCUUAUGAUCCCAACUUCUAUGAUGAAACAUACGACUACGGUGGCUUUACUAUGUUUGAUGAUAGAAGGGGACGCCCAGUGGGUUUUCCUAUGCGUGGGAGAGGAGGUUUUGAUCGAAUGCCUCCUGGCCGUGGUGGUCGACCUAUGCCUCCAUCAAGAAGAGAUUAUGACGACAUGAGCCCUCGUAGAGGACCUCCACCACCUCCACCAGGUCGUGGUGGCAGAGGCGGCAGCAGAGCUCGUAAUCUUCCCCUUCCUCCUCCUCCACCUCCUCGUGGCGGAGAUCUGAUGUCUUACGACAGAAGAGGCAGACCAGGAGACCGUUACGAUGGAAUGAUGAUGCAGUGUCAUGUAGAUGCCUGUGAUGACAUGCAGCCACCAGAGCUGUUUGAGGGUGGCUCUGGAUAUGACUAUUCCUAUGCAGGGGGACGUGGUUCAUAUGGAGAUCUUGGAGGACCUAUCAUCACAACACAAGUAACGAUUCCCAAAGAUCUGGCAGGAUCUAUUAUUGGAAAGGGAGGCCAGAGAAUCAAACAAAUACGGCAUGAGUCUGGAGCUUCAAUCAAAAUUGAUGAACCACUAGAAGGCUCAGAAGAUCGGAUUAUAACUAUUACGGGAACACAGGACCAGAUACAAAAUGCACAAUAUUUACUGCAGAACAGUGUGAAGCAGUAUGCAGAUGUUGAAGGAUUCUAAUGCAAGAUUAUUUUUUCUUUUUUAUAGUGUGAAGCAGUAUUCUGGAAAGUUUUUCUAAGACUAGUGAAGAACUGAAGGAGUCCUGCAACCUUUUUUUUUUUAUCUGCUUCUGUUUAAAAAGCCAACAUUCCUCUGCUUCAUAGGUGUUCUGCAUUUGAGGUGUAGUGGAAUCUUUGCUGUCCACCAGAUGUAAUGUUUUAGUUCCUUACAAAUAUUUUGGGGGAGGGAAAGGGCGCGUGAGACUAACAUUGAAAUUUUGAAACAGCAGAGAGAGUGAAUAUCAUUUUUUGUUCACUGUUGGUGGUAAAUUGUAACGUUUCUUUGUAACUGUUGUGAACACCCUGCUUUCAUGUACACUGUUCCUUUUGAAGGGGGAGAAUACUGGUAGUCCACGUGUCCUUGGCAUCCUUUGAGAGCAGUGUGCAGAAUGUAAUGCUCUUUUGUAAGAAACAUUUUUGAUUUUUCAAUAAAUUUAGUGAACCUAUUCUUGGUGGUCAUCUCUCUUUAGAUAUAAAUAAGGUAAUAUCUAAAAUCAAUACACCCUUUUAUUUCCCCCCACAAGAAAAUGCAUAAGUGAAAUUUGCUGUUAAGCUUGCUUUAUGCUUCUUUGAUAUAGAUGGAGCUAUGUGGGAUUUUUUUAACGAUGAAACUGUGUGAAGCGAUGGCUCAGCUUUGCUACUUGGGGAUAAAAUGCAAAAAUGUUCAUGUGAACUUAGUGUAAAAUGACUUUCUGCAAGUGUUUGGCCCUCUUUGCAGUACCUCUAUAUAUUGGUGACAGUACAUAAAUAAAAUAUUUAAGAACAUUGUGAUGUCACUGAGUAAGCAGUGGUAAAGCACACUGGUUCUAGACAGCUUGCUUAAUGCAAAUAACACUUAGAAAUGGCAGUUGGUUAGCUGUUCUCAGAGCUUUCGUUUGUAUGAGGUAGGCGUUCUUAUGAAUUGGCAAAGCGACAGUAUAUAACUCUGUAACUUGUUUUUGUUGUAUACAAAACUUAACCUUGUUUGGUUUCCCUGCUGUAUGUUUAAUGCCAUAGAAAAUAUGUGAGAAAUAAAAAAAAGAAAAAAAAAAGCCUCCUGAAUAUCUCAUGUGUAAUACCUUUGUAUUUAUAGUUUGAGUCUAAAUUUCACUUCCUAAAUAAAUAACAAAAAUAAAUUAAAAACUGCAAACCGA